AUGGAUCCAGCUACGGUGAUGAUUACCACUGAACGGUUCCCUCCGAUGGCAACAUUAAAUCACCCAGUAGUGCAAUUGCUUCGAAACUCCAGCAUAGCGGUUGCAACAAGCGAAGACUUCGUAAACCAUGGCGCAAGUACCGUAUUCAUCUCAUGGGAAUCAUCUUGCGAGCAGUCCGGCGGACUACUAUCGGAACUAACCGAUCAGGUGCUUGAUUCGCUUCAUGGACAGCUGGUGCUGGAAAUUGUCAAACGGGCUCCGGUAAAAGUUCGCCGACCACGGGGGUUCAACAUUUUUAUCGUGGACAGUCCAGUGGCGUUUAAUGCAAUCUAUGCAACCAUUAGCCCCGAACUGUAUAAUUUUUCCGGUCGUUAUCUUAUCAUAGUCCUAGCGAUGGAUAACGUCGAUGAACUGGAAAUAGUAAACAGGAUUCUUCAACAGAUGUGGAAGUACUACAUGGUGAAUGCGAAUGUGCUGUUUGCUAGUUCUGUGUCCCCGGAUAAAGCGUCCAUGUAUACGUACUUUCCGUACGGGAAGCAGUACUGCGAAGAAGUUCAACCCAUACUCUGGAAUGCGUUCAGUGGUGGUCGAUUCGUCCUGUCUAGGAAUCAUUAUCCUUCGAAGCUGGACAAUUUACAUAGCUGCCCUUUGAAGAUUGCACUGUAUUCCUAUUCAGCUUUUAUGCAACUUCGCAUUGGAACUGAUGGUCGAGUAAUUGGUAUGGAUGGUAUAGACGUCCGGUUGCUGAACUAUCUAGCUGGGAAGCUGAAUUUCACGAUUGUGCCUCAGGAAGUACCCAAUGGGUUGCGGUUCGGGCUGAUAUAUGCGAACGGAACGGCGACAGGUGCUAUGCAGAUGGUCAUCGGAGGCGAAGUCAACUUUACCGUGGGCUAUUUCGGGUAUAACUUCCUUCGACACAAGUAUAUGUCGUUAAGCCAAAUCUAUCACUACUCUGAGCUGGUAGUGGUAGUUUCUCCCGGGCAAGAGUUUGAAGCAUUCGAGAAACUGCUACUACCGUACAGUAAUACGUUGUGGUUCGCAUUCGUGGGCUGUAUUGUAUGUGGAUUCCUGGUGAUCAUCUCCAUCGCCCGAAUGCCUGCAGCAGUACAAAGCUUCGUCUUCGGUCGUCUGGUACGAACACCACUUCUCAAUUUAAUAAACGUGCUAUUCGGAGGAUCUCUGAAUAAGCUACCAGGACGAAACUUUGCUCGUUUCCUCCUAGCCGUAUGGUUCAGCUACGGUAUCAUACUCCGAUCAAUCUACCAGCAAGCUCUGUUCAACUUUAUACAACAUUCUCCAAAUCAUUCGACUCCGAGUACCUUCGAACAACUUGUCGACAGCGACUAUGGCAUUUAUUUGAUUCCCUCGGAAGUGUACGUUUUCGAUCACAUGCCGGAGUUUCAGCCACUGAUUCGAGUGGUGCCGAAUCCGGAUAUUCAACGCUACGACGACGCGAUUCGAAACGGGCGACUUCGUGGCGUGCGCAUCUCCAACUACGAGAAAGUUCUGUUCGAUAACUCCCACUUGACCGAGGGACGCAAGUUCCGGAUGCUAAAACAACGACUGUACAAUUACGCUCUGUGCGCCGGGCUGCGGAAAAACUCCUGUCUCACCAAGCCGUUCGAUGAUGCGAUUCUGAGGUUGAACACCAACGGACUGGUUCAGGCCUGGGUCAAGCUGUAUGUGGAUACCAAGUAUGCUUCCGUCAUCGAAACUAUCAGCUAUCAGCAGCAGAAAUUACGCUUAGGACAGCUGCUGGGUGCAUUUCAGGUGUUGACUAUCGGUCUGUGUGGUUGUACGGUUAUCUUCGCCAUCGAAAUCAUUUGGAGUUUGCCGAGAUGUAACAAUGUCUACGGUCGAGCAUGGGCUGAACUGUUCCACUAUCCACCGUGGAGGUGCGCUACAGCUGCCCAUGAAGACGCCGUUGAUUUUGGCGAUCACGAAGUCUUUGCUCAUCAUUUUUCUACAGUUAACUCGGAGCCUCGUUCGAUCCACGAAAUGGCUCAACCAUUCAUCAAUUAA